UCUUCGGGGCACUGCAGAACGUCGAACAAUGACCCGAAGCCUGCCCCACUAAUCCUACACUGCACCUGAAGUCAUUGCUAUAAUAUAUAUUAUAUAGUUCUAUGUAGUACUUGGUAUCAGAGGCUAAAUUAGAUAUGGGAUGCAAACCUUUUACUUAAUAGUCAAAGUGUAGAUGACUGUAACAGUUGCUCAUGAAUACCUCUCUAUCCCGGCUAGCAUUGUCUUUGGGCGCACUGCAGAAUGUUUGGGGCAGGCUUCGGGUCAUUGUCCCACGUUCUGCAGUGCGCCCGAGAAGAUGCUAGCUGGGAUAUUUUGUUGGUGUAAAUUGAAGACUAGUUCAAUAAUACAGUUCGCACGAAACCUGCGCAAACUUUGUCGAUUCGCUGCUGAUAAGACGUCGUUAGUUGUGUAGUUAUGCACUCUGCAAUCAUGUGACCACCAUGAGAAUAUUUACCUCUUGCUACUUUGUCUCCUUACGUAAGUGUUUUUAUAGUAGAAUGUUCGCCAACUAUGCGGAAGGUCGUGUUUCGAUUCCCAGUCGACUUAUUCCUAAUAUACCUGACGACAGUAAGCUUCUCCUAUAGUUUUCUGUUAUUUAUUGAAGGGUUUUUACCCGCGUAUCCAGUUCCUUCGCAUCCAUACGUUUUUUAUAUUAGUGGUUUUAGACGAAGAUUCAUUGGUUAUCGUAAUUAUUGAAAGUCAAUACUCUGUCAAACUCAGAUUUCAUGGAAACUUUGGAGGUUUCUUACAGGCUUGCGAUGAUAUACUCUACCAGUCAUCAAUUAUUCUGUCCAUCUUUGUUAUUCCCUCCUAUUUUCACUAUUAAUGGGACGUGUGCUUUCUUCAUCCUCGCUUUAUAAGCACUGCUUACAAUUGGUUUCAGUGUAAUAAAAUUCCUAUGCUUGGAGCCUAUCUUUUGAUUUUUCACUAGAGCUCUGAAUUUUGAGACCAAAUGAAAUUAGAAAGCAUGUCUUGCUUACCCAAAGACUGGUGUCUCAAAUUGCUUUCUGCAUCUGGAAAAGUGUAAUGAUUAAUUUCGUGAUGCUGCAAACGUCACUGAUUUAGCUAAAUGUGUAUCUAUGGAUGGCGAAAGUGUACGCAGUGGACGGAGUGAAAAAAGUGACCGUUCUCGUCGAUCAAAACGCAUCCAGAGAACAAAUAAUGUUCCACCAAAUCAGUCUAUGUGUAUGUUCCAGGAACAGCUAAAAGGUGUAACUUCUUCCUCACAAAACCAACAGCUAGUUGUUGAUCAGAAUAUGCAGCCUAUAGAUUCAUCUAUCCGCCCAUCCUCUCAAAAUACUUUGAUGCCAGUUGUGCAACAGCCUCACAUGAACAUGUUUCCGCAACAGCCAAUAGGUUUACAACAAAACAAUCCUCAUCCGUAUACAUUAGAAACAUGGAUUCCUCCUUUAAUGCCGAUGAAUCCUAAUUUUUCUGCUUGUUCCCAGUCAAACAUGUAUGUUCCUAAUGCCCAAAGUUGGGGAGCCCAAGCUGUACCUCAAGUUUACACUCAGCAAAUGAUUCCUCAGUCAAUUCCCGCUACUUUUCCCCGACCUCCAAAUUGUGCAGGAGUACAAUCAAGCCAAAUUCAGCCACAACAGCAACAACAAGUCAGUCACUUUAUACCCUCUGGGCAGCAGCAUCCUUUAGCUCAUACUGCACCAUCUCAUGUUCCAUCUUCCCAGAUACCUUCCCAGCCAUCAACUCAGAUUCCUGAACCAUAUCGAUCUGAACGUUUUGAUUCUCAGCUAACCCAUCAAGAUGAAAGUGCUUGGGUCGAGGAAGCUACAGCUGUAACUGGAGCUACAAGUGAGACUGGAUUAAGUGGCGAUAACUUCUCCCGGUUUGGAGCACGAUAUGGUCUUGCAACUUCGCUAGGUAUUAAUUCAAAUGGGGGUGCAGGUUGUAAUAUUAGUGGAGCUGCAGCUGCACUAAUACGUUCUGAAGCGGAUGAGAUAAAGGUUUUCAAGUGUUCAAAUACACUAAGUUUUGCUAUUUCUGCAUUUCUUGGGAUUGCCUCAUUAGUGUCUCCAAUCCUAAUGCUUUUGCUACCAUUUCUACCCUUUUGGAUUGGAUGGUCAACUGAUACUUGUCAACCAACUUGUGAAGGAAAUCUCAUUAGUAUAUCAGUAAAACUUGUACUUCUUUCUAUUGCUUUAUGGUUUUUAAGCUCUCCUUGUCAACCAUUCUGUGGCAGUGGGACUGCUAUACUUCCUCGUAUCCGUCUUUGUCGUACUCUCUUCUUAUGUCUUGUAUUAGUCGUACUUUUUGCUUUUUGGUUAUUUUAUACUGUACGAGUUAUACAACCAAAGGAAUCUGAUUACCUUUCCAUCGUAGUUUUCGCCAGCAGUUUGACUGAUACACUUUUGUUUUUGCAUUAUGCUGCUAUUGCUCUUAUGGAAUUAAGAAAAAUCCGGUUCCACUAUGUCAUACACAUUGUACGCUCUCCAGAUGGAAUGUCAAAAACUUUUAAAUGUGGCGAAAUGUCAUUGCAGCGGGCGGCUGUAGAAGUUCUACAGUUCUAUAUGCUUGAAUUCACAGCAUAUAACCCGAAUCAAAAUCCAUCUGUGAGCAGUGGUGGUGGAGGCAAACGUAGUCGCCGUGGUGGCUCUGCUUCCGCUGGAAAUGGUGGGGGCUCGAAGUAUAAAUUUUACGACGUAGAUAGUGGAGGUGCAGGUCUGACUAAGUCGGAAAAUGGCGUUACAUAUACUGUUGAACAAUCUGCCGGUGCUAUUACUGCUCCUAGUGCUUCAGUUCGUCUGUACGAAGAAAUUGAAUUGGAAAAACGUAUACGUAAACGGCGUAUGAGAUUACUAUUAGCAGUCGAGGAAGCUUUUACUCACGUAAAGCGGCUGGCUGCUGAAAACUGCAAUAACAGAGGAAGUGUUGUUGGAGUCGUGGAGUGUGAUCAGACUUUAGUACCUUUCAAAAACUCUCGAAGCAAUGGACGUAUGUCAAAGCUCAGUUGUUCUACAGGAAAAUCUUUGGAUCCAUAUGAAGCUGCACAAGCUGUCUUUCCUACACUUAUCCGACCGUUACAAAAGUAUAUGCGCGUUACACGUCAACAAGCUCGUCAUCCUGUGGAUAUGGUCAUUGACCAUUUAGCUCUUUGUUUAGCCUAUGGUCUGUCACCGCAUGCUUUCUUAGAACGAUUUAAUCCAUCAGCUGCUACACCACAACAAGAUGCUGCUGCUGCAGCGACAGCCAUUGCAACAGCAAAAAGAGCUAAGCACCAACAGAGUGCUAAACAAGUGAACAAUGUUCCAGAUAACUCAGACUCGUCUCCUUUACUACCGAAAUAUGUGCACCCAGGUGGCCAACAGAUCUGGAGUAUUGUAGCUGAUCGAGCUUUAUCGCGUAGUUUAGCUGAUGGUGCCAUAUUUCAACUGCGUCGUGGAAGUGAGCUGUCUUUACUGUGUACUGUAAGACGCUUGCCGCUUAUUUAUCUCAUUGAAGAGAUAUUAGAGCCCUUAGAAGCAGGUCGAUUUGUUUUACGAACUGAUAAUGCAGUAUAAUGUUUUAUGAUGAUUAAAUAAAAAUACACUGUUCAGGGAAUGUGAUCUCAUUCAUCAUCUAGACUGUUUUUUUUUCUAAAAAAAUUACACUUUUGGUUCCGAAAUUUUCUAUUAUCUCGAGUUUUGUCGAAAUCAGUUCGAUUGAUUUGUAGGACACAUUGCUUAAUUUUGUUUUAUCCCCAUGACUGUUUCUGUAUUUGUUAUUAUUAUUGUUGCAUUUAUUAAAAAAAACACAAUUAUUUACAAUUUAAAAAUUUAUUUUGUUUCUCGUCUAAGUGAAGUCUUUGACAAUUAUUCUUCGCAUUGUUUGUAUUUUAUUUUGAGUACUUUGUCUUGUUGUACUGCUUUUUUCCCGCUUAUUCUCUUCAAAGUGGAAAAAAAGUUCCACAUGCAUUUUGUUUGGUUUUGAUUUCUCACCAACAAACACUAGUCACUGAAAUAAUAAUAAUAAUUAUGAUUGCCAUUAUGUAUUUGAUUUUAUUUAUAUGUGUCAUUACUGCUGUUUAUAUUUAAUAUCAUGUUAUGUGUGUGUGUAUGUGUGCUUAUUCUCACUUUUCCCUUCAUUAUUCUUUGCUUGAAGCAGCCAUUCUUCAUAUUUUCCAAAACUCACUUUGUAUGAAAGUUUUUGUUUUUCGUUUUCUAGCUUUAUUGUGCAUAUUAUUCUCAUGUACUCCGGUUCGAUUGAUUGCUUUUAGCACCGGUUAUAAUCAAUGAUUUCUUUUCCUCAGUG